AUCAGGUGUAAUGACAUCUUUUGAAAAAGACAGAACACAGGCAAACCAAAUUCAGUAAUGAGACAGUAAACAUCCGAUUUUUCAACCCCACCCAAAAUAAAACUAUAGUUUCACAAAUUACGUAAAUGGAAGUAAAACCACCACACCAAGACAUACGUUAUGAGCACUUGACACUGUACGAUAACAGAACUAAAGACACUGCAACAAAACUUUUCAUCCCAAGUGACGAAAACCCGUUUCCGUCCAAAUAUCUCGCACUAGUAAAUAAAAAGGAAGUCAGAAAGCCAUUAAUUGGAGUUUCCGACACUCUAUUAUGCUUGCUGGUCUUAGCCCCCGCCGUUGUGGGUUUCUGGAGAGGAACAUGGAUGCUGUUGGACAUAUACGGCUCUUAUUUUCCACCCUUACAAAGUCUCCUUUUGGGAGCUUUCAUUCAUCUAGUUUUCACCUUGAUCCAAGACAGUUUCUACGAAAUUGUCAAAGGAAAAAGCCCGAAUCUGGCAGUUAAAAUCUUGAAUAUGAUUACAACACGAUUUUAUAUUUACGUUUUUGCGCUGUCGUCAAACAUGCAUUGGAGAGGGCAGUGGAGCCUCAUGGAUUAUUAUUUGGGGGUGCGUUUUGGACCUGAUGGGAGAGUUAUCGAGAAGGGGUGUGAAAGGCUUAUUAUUGGAACAAUAGGAUGUUGCAUAAGCUUGAUUGUUUUAAGAAGUUUUCGCAAUUGUAUCGCUCCUCCUUUUGUGUUUUGUUUGGAUAGGAAGGAUACGACGUUUCAGAUACAGAACAGAUUCAAAACGAAGAUGAGCGAAAGAACAUCCCUCUACAUCCUCGACUGCCUAUUCUCAGUAUUAGUAAUCGGAACUCUUGUGGUAUUCGUCUGGCGAGGAGCAUGGGCCUUAAUUGACAUAUUUUUAUUUCCGGAGAAUGAAACACUCUCAGCUUGGGGCAGCUUGAUCGUUGGUUACUCUGCUGUGGCUAUAGCUUUCAUGCUGCAACCUCUCAUGAGAUGGUUAUGCGACCGCAUUACCGGCUUUAUCCGACUUUUGGUCGCCGAUAUCUUCCUGAUAUUAUCCUUGAUCGGAACUGUGAACGUCUGGAGAGGCAUCUGGAAUCUGCUCAACAUUUAUCUACUCCCAAACAACUUGGAACUGAGUUGCUGGAUAACCCACUGGAUCUGCCUCAUCAUCCUCAUCCUCCUGGGAUGCUCCAAUUCGCUCCUAGUCCGAGGAGUUUACAUCGACGCCGAAGAGCCAGCAGGAAAAUGUGUUGUGUUCCCUUGCCACUACCUUAGACUGAUAUUCCAAGAACAAAAACUAAAGAAACUCCGAAGUGAACAAAAUAAAACAGAAUUGACAAAUGUAAAACCCUUCGAAAACAAUCACAUCAUAAGUGUUCAAAACGAACCACCUGCUCUAAAUCACAAAGAAGGCGACGCUUAACACAAUUUUUAUAUUCCACUUUUUAUAUAGCAAUAUUUAUUGACGCCAAAAUGUACAUAAGCCAGUAUGUAAAUAGCCAAAAAUAAACCUAGAACAAAAUCA